AUGGAGUUCUUGUCAAACAUUUCAGGCGCUGGAGACAUCGAUCCAUACAGGCCAUCUCUCUUCGAACUCAUUGCUGUCGACCAGCUGCGUGAUCUCUUGCAACCGGCACUGCGCUACAUCCUUGCUUUCUAUGCACAACGGUACCCGCGAUACCUACUACGAAUCGUCAACAAACAUGACGAAUUCUACGCUGGCUUGAUGCUGUUGAUCGAAAGGCAUUAUCUGAAGCAAUGGAAUGGUUCGUUCGCGGAAAACUUUUACGGCCUGAUGCGCGAACGCAGCCCUCAGAUCAAGUUUUCACGGGCGGCGGCUUGUCAGCCAGGUCUUCUGGCGAAAGCCUUGAAGCUUAGAGACAGGGACGUGUGGAAAUCCUUGUUUGUACUGGUUGGUAUACCGUACAUCAAAGCGAAACUCGAUGACCUCUAUGAAGUAGAAGCUGGUGCUUCUAUACUGGGUGCUGGUUUCGUCAGAAAUCGCGGAACGGAAGAGUCUGCGUCAAGAAUACAAAAACUCCGAAGAGCCUUGCGCCAAACAUUCAUCCUGGUGUACCCAUCGCUUAACGCAGCAUAUUACAUCAGUGUCCUAGCCUACAACAUAGCAUAUCUAUUCGAUAAAUCGGCAUUUCAUACACCAUGGCUGGCUCUUACGGGGGUAAGGAUCAGGAGAGCAGGCCCGUCAGAUCUUACCCCUCCUCCACCAGCCAGGGCAUCUCGACCAGUACCACCCAAUAUUGGAUUAUCAUUAUUCAACCCUCUCGUUGCACAGCGACUGCUGCUCCCAAAGUUGCUAGACGGUCUGAAGAUCGUCCUACCAGCAGCCAUGUUCUUCCUCAAGUUCUUGGAAUGGUGGCAAGCUUCCCCAUUCGCGAAGCAGCUCAGUGCGGAAGCAUCGUCUUCCAUCGCAUUACCUCCUCCGUCCCCAGUGGCCUCAGACCCCGCACCUGACGCUCUAAAGAACGAGGGUGACUCCAGCAAAUGCGGGUUGUGUGGGAACCCUCAUACAAACCCGACUAUGAUUCCGACUGGGUAUGUUUUCUGCUAUACUUGUGCGUACCGAUGGCUGGAGGAUAAGGGUUGUUGUCCAGUCACGCGUGUGAAGGUGGAAGCUGGGGUUGAGGGUCUGCGACGGAUCUUGGUGUAA